CAUGGGUGGCGCGGCAUGCGGUGCCGCGGGUGGUGGGGAGGCAGCAGGGGCAGCAGUGGCAGCAGCAGGGGGGGCGGCAGGGGCGGUGGCGGGGGAGCGGGCUGGGCGCUGUGCUCACACGGGAGUCGCUGGCCUGCCUACCCCGGGAGCUGCACCCGCUGCUGCUGGAGCUGGGUCCCCUGGGGGUGAGCCGCCCCGAGCGGGAGGAGUGCGACAGCAUGAUGGCGGAGAUGGCGGCCGCCGAGGCGGCCAGCUACGGCCGGCCGCUGCUACCCUGGGAGGUGCCGGAGGGGCCGGCCAGGGAGGCGGCGGGGCGGGCAGCGCGGGGGCAGCAGCAGCCGCGUUGGGGCGCGUAUGCGCAGGCUGCUUCAACUGCUUCCGCAGGGCCGGGGCUGGGACGGCCGCGAGGUCCGGGGUGUGAGGGCGAGGGCGAGGAGACCGCAGAUGGUGGGGGUGGGGGUGGGGGUGGUUGCAGCGAGGAGGCCGCAGCGGGGGGAGGAGGGGUGCGGUCGGGCGGCCCCAGCAGCGGCGAGCAGACGGUGGUGGAGCGGUACGAGGUGGCGGAGGAGCAGCUGGAGGACGGCAGCCGGGUGGUGGAGGAGCUGAAGGUGGUGGCGGGCAGGUCGGAUGCCGGACUGACACGAGCGGCAAAAGCGCUGCAGGCCGCCAUGGCUCGUCUGCGGUCCACGGGUGCCGCCGAGCCGCCCCCCGCCUCCCCCGGCGCCACAGCAGCCGCCCAGCAGUGGGUGAACGCCAACCCGCGUGCAGCCACCUUCGACGACAUCGCACGACAGGCCCUGCAGCGCCCGCAGAACCCCCCCUCCACGCCCUCCCGCGAGCACCGCCCCCUCGGGGGCUCCACCUCCCCCGGCCCCUCCUCCCCCACCCGCACCUCUGCCACGCACCUGCCCGCGCCAGCAACGCCCUUGCCCGCACCCGCACCGCCGCCUGGCGCACGACCGUCCGUGUCUGGAGGCCCUGCCACCCUGCCAGGUACUGCUGCUGGUGCGGGUGCUGCUGCUGCGGAGGUCCAAAUCGCACUCCGGAGGGCACAAGACCAGCCGGGCAGCGGCAGCGGCAGUUGCAGCAACAACAGCAACAGCAGUGAAGUAGAUGGUAGGAGCCAGCCGGUGUUAGACGGUAGGGAAGACCCGGCAUGCCGACAUGCCGACAUGCAGUUGGGGUUAGGGAGGGACGGCGUGCAUGUCAGGUACGAUAGGGUGGGUAUGACACAUGGGCUGCGGAAUCAGAGACGUAUCAGGCGCUGCGGGAGAUGGAGCAUGUGGGGCGGCGUACGGCGGGUUGGUUUAGACCGCGCGCACGUCCUGUUGGGAAUGUGGGUGAAGACCAUUGUGUAACGGCAGGUGUUUUUGAACGAGUGGUGGCGCCGGUGGUGGCCUUACUUUGCGUAGCAGGGGAGUUGCGCAUGCUGAGUUACGGGCCUCAUCAGCUGACACAGAUGAGCGUUUGCUGCUGCUGCUGCUGCAGGUGCUGUUUUGCAAUCUUGCUUGACAAGGCUAGCGAGCCUCACUCAUACAUGCAUGUACUUGGAUUCGUGCCCCGUGCCAUUGCCUCUUGCUUGCCCUCGUGUGCUGGGAUGAGCCAGUGUGUGUUACCGUGUGCCAUUCAUUGCAGUGUUUCCUGGCGGUGCAUCCAAUGUGCUGUAUGUGCAGUUGCAAGGGUCGUUUUGUGUCUAGGAUUCGCAUGGUUUAUUCAGGAAAGGGCUGAUGUUGCACGUUGGUGUUGCACGUAGACGUUCAACGUAAGUGUUGCACGUAAACGUUAAUUCAUUACCCGUACCUGUGUUGUGCUGAUUCUAGUCAUAAAGAGGACAUACGCCUGGCUUGUGGUUUGUGGAGACUUGGCGGAAUGCGGGGGUCAAAUAACUCUGCUGUGUGUAUUGCGCGCUUGCAGUGUUUGUCGGCGCCACGGGGACGCCGCUGAGGGUGGUCUUAUAUGGCUUGAGUGUUUGAAAGCGUCAGAGGGGUUCCCAUCAGGGAUACGAACACAGGUGUACAUACAUACCGUAGCCGUGUGAAACAUGCGCAGGAGAUGACGACCCGAGAGUGACCCAAGACGGCGACUUGGGGGCAGGUUACGGACGCACCAUGUGAAAGCCAAUCAUGCUUGCUGCCCUGCAGUGUUGUUGUUGAUGAUAUUGUCCGUUGCUGUGAGAUGCCAGUGUGUUUAGGCGAUGUUGGCGGGCUCUACGAGUGUGAUCAUCAUACAUAGUGUGUGUAGCACAUACAUACAGAAUGUGUGUAUGUAUGUAUGUUGCAUGGGGGAUUGCUGUUCUGCAUGAGCAACCUGUGAAUUGAACCAGGAGGCAGCAAUGCGGUUGUGUGUGCGCUGGGGGUUGAGGCUGCGAUGAUGAAUUGUUGACGUCAGAGAUACUCUUACAGCCGCAAUGGAGUACGGAAUUGCAGUACAAUGGGAGGUCCAUUACAAUGUACGGUACGUUAUCCGCAGUAAACGACUAAGGCUGUGAAAGAGGUCAUGCGCCACAUCUGAGCUAAUGCUGCCGCUGGGUGCAUGCUUUGCUUGCCGUACACACGUUUCACCUCGCGGGCAGUUAUUUUAACACACGUUCGAUA